UAAAAUCAAAUUACGGUUCAAUUUAGUAAAAUCGACUAAACCGGUUAGUUCGCAACUUUCUCUUUGCUUCUUCGUCUCUCUCUCUCUGUCGUGUUUGAGAAGACGAAAAGAGUCGGAGAGAAAGAUCGGACGAUGAGUGCCGAAGAUUUCCAGAAGAAGGUUUCCCUCAGAGAUUCCCUCUCCGGCGAUAUUGAGAACGAAUGCGGCGGUUCCGGUGUCGGGUCUACUAGUUCGACGGUGGGCUCCGGCGUCGCCUCUCAAACCCUGGUCCUGCUUCGGAGUCUGUUGGAGAUUCAGCAGCGCCGAGCUCAGGCUUACGCCAAUCUCAAAAGUGGAUUCUCAGAGUAUGUGGAGUCUGGUGCUGAAGCACUUUAUCAGAAGCUGUGCAGCGAGAUUACAACGGAGUUCAGUGAAUGUUCGAAACAAGUGCGCGAAAUGGAAUCUCUGUUUCUAAAUCCAGAAGUUGGAAGAGCUGAUCUUGCUAAACUUCUCAGCGACAUUCAAACUCAAGAGAAGCAGAAAUUGCAUCUGACUGUUACAAUACAGGUACUGAAGAAGGCAGGAAGACCGUCAGAACGAAUGCUGACACAUGAGAACUGCAAAUUCAAGAAGCCUAUGCAACACGAGUGCGUGCAUCUUCAUGAGAUUACUGAAGCUGCAGGAACAGAGGAAGCAGAAGCAGAUGCAGAGUUUGAUAACGCUUUGAAGGAGGCCAUUAGAGGAGUGCAAGAUGCUGUGACUAGCAUCAAUGAGUAUUUGGAAGACAUUCGGUAUGAGAUUGAAGCCCUCGAAGCUGAUUAAUUCCCAAUCCAUCACUUCUUUACCCUUUUGCAGUAAACUUGCUUUGCUAAUUAGCUUAAGAUAUAAGAUAUUAAGAAAUUGUCAAGGAUGUGAAUGGAAUUUAUCUCUCUCAAGUUUAUAUAGGUUUGGUAACAAAUUAACCACCAGAAAGUUAAGCAUUAGCAAGACAUGUUCCAGGCUUAUCAUCUAUCCAUAAACUGCAUUGAAA